CUGUGUUGUCAGAGGCGGUGGAGAGGUCACAGAGGAGGCGGCGACGCCGGUGGUUGAGCAGCGGUUUGCGGGGACGGAGGGGACGCGCAGCUCUCGGACCGGGAAUAACCGGAACAGCGGAGAGAGGGGGAAAAAAACCUAUUUUGAAGGAGUUUGACAGCCGCUGACGGCCCCGCACUGACCCCCUCAGCUCGGACUGGGAAGGAAGGGUCGCGGUCUCCGCGCUGACGCUGCUCUCUCCCCGAGGGGCCGUCAUGAAGAGUUUGCCCUAUUUCUGCCGCGGAGACGUGGUGCGAGGCUUCGGCCGCGGCAGCAAAGAGCUCGGGAUCCCGACAGCAAAUUUCCCAGACACCGUUGUGGACAACCUGCCAGCAGACAUCACUACUGGUAUAUACUACGGUUGGGCCAGUGUUGCAAAUGGAGAUGUACAUAAAAUGGUUAUGAGCAUAGGUUGGAAUCCAUACUAUAAAAACACUAAGAAAUCCAUGGAAACGCACAUAAUUCAUUCUUUCAAGGAAGACUUUUAUGGGGAAAUUCUCAGUAUAGUAAUUGUUGGCUAUAUCCGACCUGAGAAGACAUUUGAAUCAGUUGACACAGCCCAGGGCAGUGUCCAAUGCCUAGAUGCACUGAUUACUGCCAUUUACAGUGACAUUUCUGAGGCAAAAGAAAAACUAGAUCUGCCAGAAUAUCGAAGUAUCAAGGACGACAACUUUUUCCGAUCACUUGAGAACAAUAUAAUGAAUGGCCAUUGAUUGAAGUAGAGCUGAAGAUUGCACUCAUUUCUUAAACUGUUUCACUAAAGUCCUUUUUCUUUUGUUUUUGCAGCAUAAAAAAAUCUGUUGAUCUUUACUGGCUUUUCCACUUUUCUGCACUUAUUUACUUAAAAAAAACUUGAUGACCUGAAUUCCAAAAUUGAUGGUGCAACAAAGUUCAGUCUCUGGGUUGUGGUUACUUUAAACUCACUCUGCAUUGCACCUUAAUUGACAACAGAAAUCUAGGUGGCUGUUUACAUACAAAUUUACUCCUAAUUAAAAGGAUGAUUGAGACCAAUAAAAAAAACAUUUUAAAUUACAUUGCUAUCACCCAUCCUUUGCUUGCUUCCAUUGACCUCUCUACUCAAUAAGUAGAAAAUGUGGACUCCAAAGGUGUAUACCACACCCUUAGAGAGAGGAAGGCCUAGAACACAAGGCAAAUGGAUGCGUUGGCCACUGUUUUCUGGGUGAAAGCAAUCUCAGCUUAUUAUUGACUUUCCCAAUUGCCCAAUGAGGACAUUUUGACAUUGUUCACUUAUCUCUACCUGCCUUAGAGACCAUAGUCAGAAAAAGAUAUGUGAGUUAGAAACCUCUGCAAAUGCACAAUUUCACUUAUGUUUUGUUGGUGCCCUAGAUCCACCUUACAAAAUACACUGGGCAGAUUUCAGACCUGGGCUACAAUUAAGGCUUCAAAUGCAGAGGAAGCUGUAAUGUCAAGAGAAUAAUAACAGCUUGCAUUUACAUAGCGCCCCUCAUGCAGGGUAGCUUCCCAGAGGACUGAAUAUCACUUAGAUAAGCGAUAUGCUAAGGAAAACGAAACCUGUAUAAAUGAUUUUGUCAUUUAUGGUGGGUGGUGCAUUUUUAACCCAAUCUGUAAUAUAAAUUCACCCUCAACUGAAAGACUAUUUCAGUUAAAAUAAAAUCUGAAUUUUUUCAAGCUCUGCAGGUAUUUCUAACAAGUAUUGCUCAAUAGCAAUUAAUAUUAUCUCCACCCACCACAAUUUUUGAAGCCUGACUAUACUGAAACCAAAUUAUUUUGCUCCUAUUGCUGCCUUAGCUGGCAUCACAUAAAUCAGCACAGCACAAAUUAUAGUUGAGCUUCCUGCAAAACUAAUCUCAUCCCCAUUCUCAUCUCAUCCCCUUCCUUAUUUAAAUCAUUUCCACAAUGAUUACCAAAAGCAAUUAUUCUGUAUUGUUUCAUCCACCCCCACUGUUGUUCAUUCCUAUUGAAAAGAUAAUGCCAGGCAUUUACAACCAGGGGUUCAUGUGAUGAAAAAUGUUUGGUUUGAUUAAAUGCUGCCAUCUGAUAUUUCAAUGUUGGAAAAUUCUGUUGUGAAAUAUUAAAGAGACCAAUAUAAGAAGCCAUUAUGAAAAUUCAUAUUGUUAUAUAUGUCACUUAUUUAAAAUUGAGACCAAACCAGAGUAUAAAUACAUGUCUUUCCUGUAUUAUGCAUACUUUUAAAUUAUCCUAUCUUCAUAUAAACACAGACUGGGUUGUGGAGAAUAUGAAAGGUAACGGAUGAAAAGUAUUGUUGGAAGGAAUUCAUCCAGUGUGUUAGACAUUUGAUGAGGAGUUUGGAUGAAGGCUUUGUCCUGCCUACUUUAAAUUGCAAAUACUAGAAUUUAACAUUAUGAAAAGACACUCAUUCUGAUGAUGUAAACUCUUGAGAACACUGUUUUAUGGUUCGACUACUAUAAAUGUGCCUGUAAUUCAAGUUGUAAAAAUGACUAUAUACAAAUGAUAGUAACCUGAAAGUUAUCCUCUUAAUGACCUUUUUUUCCUACAAAAAGAAAACUAUCUGUACAGUGUUGAGACCACUGUCGCAUGUAAUAGCAUUGUCUGUGGUUCCAGGUCAAUCAUUUGUAUGUAUUGAGGAUGAACUGUCGGAAUUUGUAUACAGGUACAUUAGAUUUUUUUCUUUUUUAGCACUUCAUGUAGGUUGCCCAGAAUGAAUACAAAUGCCUUGAAUCUCUUAUCGUCAACUACCUUUUAUUGAUGACUCUUUUAUUGGUAGAUAAAUUGGUAGAUUAAUAUCUUUUAUGAAAACUUAGCAUUAAUUACUUUUGAACUGUUAAGUGAUCAUAUUUCUUUGAGAAAUGAUGACCAGUUGUGUUUUCUAUGGAAAUCUUUUUUGAGCCAGCUUUUGAAAAUCAGUCAGAAUUUAUGUAAAAUGUACUCUUGGCACAGGAAUCUACAGUUCAUGUCCGAAGUAAGAAUAGCAUUGAUCAGCUAUCUGGAUUUUACAAGUGAUGUUUCAGUAAUCUCUCAAAUUGUGAUAUAAAAUUAUGAUUAUGUUAGAAUCCAUGUAAUAUUGAUUAAGACCUGAGUAUAUUAUUUGAGUGGUCAAAUUGAAAACAAUUCCACUUAAAAAUGCACAGAACAGAUGCCAAUGCAUUCUACCAAUGUAAUUUACUGCAAUUCCCAAUGCACAGCAACAACAAAAUUGCAUUUGUAAAGCGCCUUUCACGUCGGGAGAAUGUCCCAAGGCACUGAACAGUCAGGGUUGGGAUGAGGGAGGGCAGAGGGGAGCUGAAGGAAUGGUCAAAAAGGAGGGUCUUGAGUUGUGUCUUGAAGAAGGCAAGAGAGGGAGCAAGGCAAAGGGAUUGUCGGAUGGUGUUCUAAAGCAUGGGGGCAGAGAGGCUGAAAGACCGGCCGCCGAUGGUAGGGCGAGUCGGGCAGGAGACCUGGAGCUGGCCGGAGCCUGCUGAGCGGACAGAUUGAUAGGGGGUCAUUAGGUCAGAGAUGUAGGAGGUGUAAAAUUGUACUCUGUAUUGUAUUUCUGUGAAUGAAGAAAUGUAUCAUUGUGCUGUAACUACUGUAUAAGGUUUGUUUUUAUAUACUACCUUGAUUUCCUUGGCUUUGCCUUGGGUCAAACCUGUUAGAUGGUUUUAAUAAAUGCCUAAUUUAAAAAAAAUGUAUCCAUAGGUAUGUUUGCAUUCUGUGUUUUUCAGUUACAUCCAUAUUAAAUCGAUGAAAUUAAAAUAUCCUAAAUCAUGA